GGGCUGAGGAACUUCCUCUUCCGAGUCAUCCACGGGAGGAUGGAGAGAUGUGGAGCGGCUGUCCUGCUCUUCCCAGGGACGAAGCAGCAGCUGGAAGACAAAGAGGAUCCCAAGAAGAACACUCUGGACCACAGAGAAUGAGAAGCAGCAUUAAAAUGCAAGACAAAGCAUCAGUCAAAACCUUUUCUGCUUCCUCCAGAAAUUUUGAAAACUCUUCUCCUGUCUCACCUGAUGAGAGACAAGGGAGAGAAUAACAAGAACAAAGUUUUGAGGUGGAAAAAAUAGAGCAUGUGCAACUAAAGGGAACAUAACGUAAGAAGUCAAGGGGGAGAAUAUCAAAAUUGUUAAAAAAGUGGACAUAACUGGAAGUCAGUGGGAAGGAAGAGGUUCCUUGGAUAGCUAAAAUGGACAAGCUUUAAUUAAACCCUUUCAGGAAGACUUGACUUGACUCAAACAACCUCCAAGUAAGAGAUCAGAAACAUUUUAGUAGUGAUGGAAAACCCCCACAAACUGCCUAAUGUGGGAAAAAUAGAGGUUGCGGAUCACAGCUGAUUAUGCAGGAGAUGAUCCACCUAGUGAAAAUGAUACAAAUGUUUGGAGUGCGACAAAAACUUUACUCAGAGUAGCUCCCUUAUGGGUCAUGGAAGGACCCAUAUAGGAGAGAAGCUCUGUCAGAUGACCCAAUGUGACGAAAGAUUUAGCAUGAACACUAAUAUGGUAAGACACAAGAGGACUCACACAGAAGAGAAACCAUAUGAGUGCCCAGAUUGUGGGAAAGGUUUCAGUCACAAUUCAAACCUGGUGAUACACCAGAAGACUCACAUAGGAGAAAAACCAUAUGAGUGCCCAGAUUGUGGGAAAGGUUUCAGUCGGAAUUCCCUCCUGGUGAUACACCAGAGGACUCACACAGGAGAGAAGCCAUAUGAGUGUCCGGAGUGUGGGAAAAGUUUCAGUCAGAUAUACAACCUGGUGACACACCAGAGGACUCACACAGGAGAGAAACCCUAUGAGUGUCCAGAGUGUGGGAAAGAUUUCUCUUCGAAAUUUGUUCUUGUGAACCAUCAAAGGACUCACACAGGAGAAAAACCAUAUAAAUGUCGUCAUUGUGGGAAAAGUUUUAGUCAGAAUUCUUACCUGGUGAAACAUCAGAGGAUUCACACAGGAGAAAAACCCUAUGAGUGUUCGGAUUGUGGGGAAAGUUUCACUCAGAAUUCCAACCUGGUGACACACCGGAGGACUCACACAGGAGAGAAACCCUAUGAGUGUCCGGAGUGUGGGAAAAGUUUCAGUCAGCAUUCCAACUUGGUGACACACCAGAGGACUCACACAGGAGAAAAACACUAUGAGUGUUCGGAUUGUGGGAAAGGUUUUAGUCAGAAUUCCUACCUGGUGCAACACCAGAGGACUCACAUAGGAGAGAAACCAUAUAAAUGUCAUUGUGGGAAAAGUUUUAGUCAGAAUUCCCACCUGGUGAGUCACCAGAGGACUCACACGGGAGAGAAACCCUAUGAGUGUCCAGAUUGUGGGAAAGGUUUCUUUUGGAAAUAUGACCUGGUUAGACAUCAGAGCACUCACACAGGAGAGAAACCAUAUAAAUGUCGUCAUUGUGGGGAACGUUUUAGUCAGAAUUCUGUCCUGGUGAAACACCAGAAAACUCACACAGCAGAGAAACCCUAUGAGUGUCCAGAUUGUGGGAAAGAUUUCUCUUGUAAAUCUAAACUGGUUAGACACCAGAGGACCCACACAGGAGAGAAACCAUAUAAAUGUCCUCAUUGUGGAAAAGGUUUCAGUCAGAAUUCCAACCUGGUGACACACCAGAGGACCCACACAGGAGAAAAACCUUAUGAGUGCCCAGAUUGUGGGAGAGAUUUCAGUAGUAGGUAUAAACUUUUAAAUCAUGUAAAGUGACACAGCACAGUAACCAUUCAAAUGCCCAGAUUAUAGACAGUGUUCCUCUGAAUUUUGUUUCUUGUCUGUUACUGGAAGCCUAGCUGAGAAAUUAAUUUCUUGCAUGAUUCUUUUUAGUCAAGCGUGUUUUAUUAAACAUGAGGGAAGAAAUCUCAGCUUGCUUUGUCUGGGCCAAUGCAGUCGCUCCCUUUCACGGAGCCAUGAUGAACUGUUGUUCUGAGCCAGAGAAAGCGAGCUUAGAUCUGUAUUAGGUAUCUUUGCCACCUUGAGUUAUUUCUACAUAUAAUCGCGGGGUAUGUAUCUUUAUUUGUUAAGAAAAUGUAUGUGGCACCCCAACUCCGAAAUGCUAUAGGGUUACCUGCCUGAGAAGGGGGUUGGACAAUGACUUCCAAGGUCCCUUCCAACUUUUUUUAUUAUUAUUAUUAUUAUUAUUAUUAUUAUUAUUAUUAUCAUCAUCAUCAUCAUCAUCCAGCAACUUGCAAAUGGGCAGCCUCAGCGGGAACAUUUUUCAGAUUCAUCUCUUUUUCCUCUGAUUUAUUUAAAAUACUUAUAUAGCCAUCCAUAUAAUAACAAAUUCUGGCCAGCUGCCAGUCAAUAGUUCUUAAAAAAACAUAUUAAAACCAUUUUGUUCUUCUCUGUC